AUGACGAUGAGACAAAACUUGUAUGGACCUCUGCUUCCACCUCAGUGCGGUUUCAGUAACGUCUCCCACCCGAAGAUAGUCGGUGGGGUUGCCGCGAAACUCAACGCAUGGCCCUGGAUAGCUGCACUAGGAUUUAAAGACACUCCAACUUCCGAAUUGGAAUGGAAAUGCGGUGGUUCUCUUAUAUCGGCCAGACACGUAUUAACGGCUGCCCACUGCGCGGAACGUGACGAGCUUGUCGUUGUUCGUCUCGGGGACUUGGAUCUGAAGAGCGACGACGAUGGAGCACAUCCCAUUGACUUGGGAUUCGAGAAAAAGAUCAUUCAUUCUGAAUACAACAGGCGUAUGCACACAAACGAUGUUGCUAUCCUCAGACUGGAGCGUGAUGUACAAUUUACAUGUGGACAAUCGAGCGAUGUACUUAGAGAAGUACAAAUACCAGUAGUUACCACCGAAACCUGCGUCGCGGCGUUUGCUGCGUUCAAACGUGUUAUUACCGUUGAUAAUCGGUUGAUAUGCACAGGUGGAAACGGUGUGAUAGAUUCUUGCACGGGUGACAGUGGUGGACCAGUAAUGUUACCGAUAAAUGGAUCGUUCUAUGAAAUCGGAUAUUUGGCGUUGAUCGGGCUAUUGUAUUCAAUGAUACUCUUGGUAUCCGUUCAAGGUAAAACAUAUGAACUCUUGGACGCCCCGCAGUGUGGAUAUAGCAAUGUCAGGCAUCCGAAAAUAGUGAAUGGUGUCCCAUCGAAACUUAAUGCAUGGCCAUGGAUCGCUGUACUCGGUUACGAGAACAAAACUCAUCCCUUAGAAUGGAUGUGCGGUGGCUCGCUAAUAACAUCCAGACACGUGCUGACCGCUGCUCAUUGCAUAAUUGAGGGUUAUUUAAAAUACGUUCGACUUGGCGAGUUAGACCUGACUAGCACCACAGACGGGGCGAAUCCCGUUACACUUACAGUGGAUAAGAAGACAGUUCAUCCGGGUUACAUUAAGGGCCGGCUAGUGAACGAUGUAGCCGUUCUCAAGUUAUCGAAGGACAUAACGUUUACAGAUGCGAUACACCCGGUUUGCCUACCCAAAAAUGAGCCUCUCACAAGCAGCGAUUUCGUGGGCACUCAUCCAUUCGUUGCGGGCUGGGGAGCAACGUACUACGAUGGCCCGGGAAGUCCCAUAUUAAGAGAGGUACAAGUGGACGUGCUCAAUAAUAAUAUUUGCAACAAUACGUACGGAAGGUUUCGCGGGCCAGUUAUUGACAAUCGCGUGAUAUGUGCCGGAUAUGAAGUUGGAGGAAAAGAUUCUUGCAUAGGUGACAGCGGUGGACCACUGGUGAUACCCAUGAAUACGACGUACUAUGAAAUAGGAGUAGUGUCUUAUGGCUAUGGAUGUGCUCAGAGAGGCUACCCCGGUAUCUACUCCAGGGUCACAGCCUUUCUACCUUUCAUCACUACAUCGCUGACUUAA